GCAAACAAAACUCCACAUUCCUAUGCGAAAACCUAUUAUACACCAAGCAAAACGAGCAGUUUCCUAAUUACCCGUGCUCCCCACCGUCAUGCUCGCCCCUAGUAGUCGCAGUGAUAUCAUGGGAAAUGGUGCUUUUCCAAUUGUUUCAUGCGCCCUAUACCUCUGCCUCUUGUCCAAACACAGUCAUGGAGAAUCAGACACGGCUAAACGCACAUCGAGGGGAAUCUUGCAAAGGUUACCACUGGAUAGCGGCUACCUGGAACGGAAAAUGUGUAAAGGGUAAGAGAAGUAAUAAUUCAAUAGGCUUGCUUAUGCGGAGAAUCGGCGCAUAACCUUGGCGAUG